UCUUCUUUUUCUUUUUCCUUUGGUGCUGACUGCUGUCAUUAAAAAAAAUCCAUUAUUCUUCUUCUUCUUUUUCUUUUUCCUUUGGUGCUGACUGCUGCCAUUAAAAAAAAUCCAUUCUUCUUCUUCUUCUUUUUCUUUUUCCUUUGGUUCUUUUCCUUUGGUUCUUUUCCUUUGGUUCUUUUCCUUUGGUGCUGACUGCUGCCAUUAAAAAAAAUCCAUUCUUCUUUUUCUUCUUUUUCUUUUUCCUUUGGUUCUUUUCCUUUGGUGCUGACUGCUGCCAUUAAAAAAAAUCCAUUCUUCUUCUUCUUCUUUUUCUUUUUCCUUUGGUGCUGACUGCUGCCAUUACUGUUGUGCUGCCAGCCUCCCAUUACUCUGUUUUUUGCCAUCCAAUCUUCUUUUUUGGUGCUUCUUUUGCUGCCAUUAGAUUACUAUUAAAAAACAUGGCUGAUGAAAGUUCUAAAAAAGAUCCAGCAUGGAAAUAUGGUCGAUUGCAAAAUGAACAAGAUAUAAAUACGUUUGUCUGUGGAUUUUGUUCGAAAGUAACAAAAGGAGGGGUGUAUCGAUUGAAACAACACCUCGUUGGUGGUUAUAGAAAUGCCAUAGCUUGUAAAAAAUGUCCGGAUCAUGUAAAGGAAGAAAUUAGAGAUUACAUGUCCAAGAAAAAGGAGAUCAAAGAACAAAGAAAUUUGAUUGUGGACAUUGAUGUACAAGAUUACGGUAUGGAGGAUGAAGAUGAAGGGAGUAUUAGUGUAAAUAACAGAGCAACAUCAAGUGGCUCGAGCUUGAAGAAGCCAAGACAAAAGGGUCCAAUGGAUGCAUUUUUUACUCCCAAUCCAGAAAGUGUGGUUCAAAAUAGAAAGAACGACAAAGGAAAACAAACUUCGUUGAAUGCGGCGUACAAGAAGGAAAUGAGGGAGCACACCAUCCAAAGAAUUGCUCGAUGGUUUUAUGAUGCAGGAGUGCCUUUGAAUGCUUGCACAUAUGAUAGUUUUGCCCCUAUGAUUGAGUCAAUUGGGCAAUUUGGUCCUGGAUUGAAACCACCGACAUAUCAUGAGUUGAGAGUCCCAUGUUUGAAGAAGGAAUUAGAAGCAACAAAUGAGUUGAUGAGCAGCCAUAAAGCAGAGUGGGCUAAGGUUGGAUGCACUAUUAUGGCUGAUGGGUGGACCGACAGAAGAAAUAGGACAUUGAUUAACUUUUUAGUUAAUAGUCCUAAGGGCACCAUGUUUAUUGAGUCCAUCGAUGCUUCAUCUUAUGUGAAGGAUGGAAAGAAGAUGUUCGAGCUACUUGACAAUUUUGUAGAGCGCAUUGGAGAAGCAAAUGUUGUACAAGUAGUUACUGAUAGUGCCUCAGCAAAUGUGAUGGCAGGGAGAUUGUUAGAAGCAAAGCGACCACAAUUGAUAUGGUCUCCAUGUGCUGCUCAUUGCUUAGAUUUAAUGUUGGAGGAUAUAUACAAGAUCUCCAAUAUUCGCAAAGCAUUGAAAAGAGGCAUGGAGAUUAGCAACUUCAUCUAUGUUCGUCUUGGAUUAUUAAACAUGAUGCGACGAUUUACUAACCAAAAGGAGUUAGUUAGACCAGCUAAGACUCGCUUUGCUACUGCUUGCAUUACAUUAUCGAGUAUACAUCAUCAAAAGAACAACUUAAGGAAGAUGUUUACUUCAGAUGAAUGGAAGGAUAGCAAAUGGAGCAAGGAGCAACAAGGAAGGCGAGUAGUUCAAACUAUUUUGUUGGCUAGUUUUUGGACUACAAUUGUGUUUGCUCUUAAAGUGUCUGGCCUACUAGUUCGAGUUCUUAGAUUGGUUGAUGGCGAAAAGAAGCCACCUAUGGGAUAUAUUUAUGAGGCCAUGGAUAGAGCUAAAGAAGCUAUUGCUAAGUCGUUCAAUAAUAAUGAAGAAAAAUACAAGGACAUUUUCACCAUAAUUGAUAGAAGAUGGGAGCUUCAGUUGCAUCGUCCUCUGCAUGCAGCGGGGUAUUAUUUAAACCCGUCAUUCUAUUAUUCGAAUCCUAGCAUCCAAGAGGAUGAUGAAAUAGUUAACGGGCUCUACUCAUGCAUAACAAAAAUGGUUGCUUCAUUAGACAUCCAAGACAAAAUACUUGCAGAACUAAGCAAGUAUAAGAGAGCUGAAGCAUUGUUUGGACAACCUUUAGCAAUCAGACAAAGGGACAAAAUAUCUCCAGUGGAAUGGUGGGAUAAUUUUGGACAAUCAACUCCAAACUUGCAAAAGUUUGCUAUUCGCAUUUUAGGUCUUACUUGUAGUGCUUCUGGAUGCGAACGUAAUUGGAGUGUGUUUGAGCAGCUUCAUAGCAAGAAACGAAAUAGGCUUGCUCAAAGUCGUUUGAAUGAUUUAGUGUUCAUCAAAUACAAUAGAGCAUUAAAACGUCGAUACAACCUUCGAGAUAUCGUCGAUCCCAUCUCUUUAAGAGAUAUUGAUGAUAGUAACGAAUGGUUGAUUGGAAGAUUGGAUGAUGAUUCUGAGGAGGAGGAUGAGCUGGUAUUUGACGAUGAUAUUUUAACGUGGGGUGAUGUUUCAAGAGCUGCCGGAGCAUAAGAACCAACCUUCUAUUCUAGAGCUAGGGCCUCAGGAGCGACUAAUGUUUCAUGUUCAUCCUCGUCUACCACACAACCCACACCCAAACAAAUAAAUUUGGAUGACUCUGAUCAGGAAGAAGAAGAUACCGAUGGCUAUAAGUCCAACGAAGGAGUGAAUGAAGAUGAGGAUCAAUUUAGUGAUGAUGAGUUUGAUCUUUAGGAAUGAACUUCUAUUGUGUUUUGUUUUUUGGGUAGAAAACUAAUAUUAUAAUAUUUUAUACAUUAGAGUUAAAUCUCAUUUCUA